GUCAGCAGCACCCUUCGAGCUAACGCUAUUACAUUAAUUUCUUCUAAUCUCUAUACUUUAAAAUUAUUUACCUUACGUUAUACAAAUAUAACUGACACUACUUUAGAUAAAACAAUCGUAACGUUGCGCUGUCGCUAAAUUUGAUCUGUUUUUUUACAAACAUCCGCGACUAGCUUGCAACUAGCUUGUAGCCCGUAGCCCACUAGCAUCACCUACCGCUAGCCUUGUUUACGUUUCACAUUUCUCAUUUACCGCUGUUCUGUUUAAAAAACAAAUAUGUCUGCUGUCUCUCCAGUUUGAGUGCAGAUGAGGACUCGCUCGAGCUUCUCAUGGUGCGGCUGGAACUGGAGGAUGUGGAGAAGCAGAUCCACGGCCUACUCGACAAGCAGGCCCAGCUGCUGGAGCGACAAACUGCGCUGGAAACAUCUUGUGCCUCUGCACACAUAUCCAAGGUAAGCACACAGUGUGGUAUUUCCACUCCCAGCCCCUCUACGCCGUGUGUUUCUCUGUGCAGGGACCGUGCACCUAGGACUUUCCCAGCCGUGGUCUCCGUCACGCUGGCGCCAACACACCUCGGGCCUUGGGUGAACCAGCGGCGGAAGGCGCGGGCUGGACCCUCUCCACCUCCGGUGUUCGAGAUUCCAACCAGGAACCGCUUCGCCCCUCUCCUUCAGACCAGACCCAACGCUGUGAUCGUUGGGGACUCCAUUGUGCGGAACGUCCGUGUAGCCUCAUCUAAAGGUAAGGUGUGCACACACUGUUUUUCUGGUGCUUGUGUCCUUGAUGUCGCUGCGCAGGUAUCCGGGAUCCUGAAGAAGGACGAGCGCAUUGGAGCGGUUGUGCUGCACGUGGGGACGAACAACACCAGGCUGCGGCAGACAGAGGUUCUGAAGAGGGACUUCUCCAGCCUGAUCGAGACGGUACGAGGCAGAUCACCCACCGCGAAGAUCAUCGUCUCUGGACCUCUUCCCACAUACAGACGUGGAGCAGAAAAGUUGUUUCGUCCUGAUGGCCUGCACCCCAGCAGCCUUGGAGCGGAACUGCUGUCAGACAACAUCUCCAAGGCGCUACACUCCAAGUGACUGCCUACCGUAAGUACAUCUUCCGACAAUAACAACAUUCAGUAUAAUCAAUGUUCAAUUAAAAAUCUGGCACCGGUAAUACAUACUAUAGAGACUGUUUCUGUUCCCCGAGCUAUACAAAUAUAUAGAAAAUCUCGGGAAGUCUAUCUUCGUAACCUAAUUAACAUAAAAUUAAAUCAUAUUGAAUGCACAGCCAGCACUUUUGAUCUGAGGCUAGGACUAUUAAACAUUAGAUCUCUUGUGUCUAAGGCUCUUAUUGUUAACGACAUCAUUACUGAUCAGGAAUGUAAUUUAAUGUGUUUAACAGAAACUUGGAUUAAACCAAACGAGUACAUAGCAUUAAAUGAAGCCAGUCCUCCUGGAUACAGUUAUGUACAUCAGCCUCGUUCAACUGGUAGAGGAGGAGGUGUUGGUCUCAUCCAUAGUAAAAAUCUAGUUGUUACACAAAAACCUAAGCAUAAAUUUAAUUCUUUUGAAAUUCUUUAUACCAGUAUAACUUAUGUAGCCACAAAAAAUAAGUCAAUUCCUCUAAUUAUUAUUUACAGACCCCCAGGGCCAUAUACUGAAUUUCUUAGUGAAUUUGCAGACUUUGUCUCAAACCUGGUUGUGUCUGUAGAUAAAGCAUUAAUCGUCGGAGACUUUAAUAUUCAUUUUGAUAACCUGGAAGACCCUCUAAGAUUAGCGGUUGUGUCCAUCUUAAAUGCAGUAGGGAUUAAUCAGAACGUAAUCGGGCCUAUUCAUAAUGGUGGUCACACUCUUGACCUCAUACUAACAUACGGACUAAGUAUAGAAAAUAUUAUAACUUUUCCGCAGUCUGAAGUUGUCUCAGACCAUUAUCUUAUCUCGCUCAUAAUACGUAUUGAUCAUAAUAUUUCCACCUCGCCUCGCUACCGCGUAAAACAUACCUACACAUUAGCUACUGCACCGAGCUUCAUAAAUAACCUCGCAGAAACAUCAGUUAGAUUUGGAUCACCGUCAGAUCCCAUACAACUCGAUCAGGCGACUGAAAGCUUGGAGUCAACAUUCCGCUACACGCUAGAUAGAGUGGCUCCACUCAAAAGGAAAAUAGUUAGAGAAAAAAAAAUUAGCACCCUGGUAUAACGAUCAAACGCGAACCUUAAAACAGACAACUCGACAAUUAGAACGUAAAUGGCGUCAAACCAAACUGGUGAUAUUUCAAACAGCAUGGAAGGAGAGCCUACUGAAAUAUAGGAAAUCUCUUGGCGAUGCUAGAAAAAUCUAUUUCUCCACCUUAAUAGGAGACAACAAAAACAAUUCUAGAUUCCUUUUCAACACAGUAGCAAAAUUAACUAGGAAUAAAACCACUACAGAGAGAAACACUCAAUCAUUACAUAGCAGUGAAGAUUUCAUGAAAUUUUUCAUUGAUAAGGUUGAAAAUAUUAGACGUGAAA